CUGAGGGGUCAACAUUCCCUGCCUCAUCGACCACAAGCGCUAAUUAUUCACGAAGGAGAAGACAUUUUCAUCACGCCAAAGCCUGACACCACAAACAUGAGCAACCUCAACGGCAAAGUCAUUGCCAUCACGGGCGCAGCAUCGGGCAUCGGCCUGGCGACAGCGAAGCACCUGGCCAACCUAGGCGCGCGAGUAUCGAUCUCGGACGUCGACGAGCCCCUCCUCGCCACGGCCGCGGCGGAUCUCACCAAGCUGCACGGGGCAGACAACGUCUACUCGCGAGUCGUGGAUGUGCGGGACCGCAAAGCGGUGGAGGCGUGGAUCGCGGAAACGGUAGAGAAGCUCGGACCGUUGGACGGGGCGGCCAACGUCGCCGGCGUGCUUGGGCGGCAGGGCAACUUGGCGACGGUGACGCAGAUUGAGGACGACGAAUGGGAUUUCGUGAUGGGCGUGAAUGCGAGGGGGAUAUUGAAUGCCAUGAGGGCCGAGAUUCCUGCAUUGGCGGAGGAGGGAAAGGGGAAGAGUAUUGUAAACGUGUCGAGCGUGGCGGGGCACUAUGGGUUGGAGUAUCAUGGGGCGUAUACGGCGAGUAAGCAUGCUGUUGUUGGUUUGACCAAGAGUGCGGCGAGGGAGUUUGGAAGGAAGGGAUUGAGGAUCAACGCUAUCUGCCCCGGCGCAAUCGAUACGCCUAUUUUACGGACGGCGCUGGCGGCCAAGACCACAGAGACCGGGGCGGACGUGUUUGAGCCGCUUUUGGGGAGAGUCGGGCAGCCUGAGGAGGUGGCGACGACAAUUGCCUUUUUGCUAGGAGAUGAGUCUUCGUAUGUCACCGGGCAGGCUUGGUUAGUCGAUGGUGGUUCAAUUCCUUGAUGGAGUAUGUACGAACGUGCGACUAGACUCGAGAGAGAGGUUGUGGAGUGUGUGAGGUCAGAGGGUGAGGAAUAGAAUCCAGGGC